AUGUUGAAUAGACUCUAUGGACAUCUUGCUCCUAUAAAUGAUUCCAAUUUGUGUAUGGUUUUUUUUCGACGACGAUGCAAAAAAUUUAUUUCAACAACUAAUGAUCCAUCUCGUUGUUUUUGUGGUCGACUAGAAUCCGAACAUGAUAACAGUGUUGAAUAUCAUCCAUUAUCGCCAAUAAAACCACCCAAUCGUGCACUUAAAUCUAUAUCAAGCAAACUUCUUUUUACCAACCCAUCCCAUGAUCAAUCUGAACAUGAUUUUGAACGAUGGAAUGUUGCUAAACAUACAACACUUUAUCCAACAAAUGCAUAUGGAAUUAUUGAAUUUGAAAAUAUGCUUCAUCCAGCCAAGGCACAUUAUUUACGCCUAGCUUAUGAUACAAAUCCAUCCCAAAUUGUUCAUCUUUUUACAAAACAAUGGCGUUUACAAUUACCGAAUCUUAUUGUAAGUAUACAUGGUGGUAUACAAAAUUUUGAAUUAGAACCUCGACUUCGUCAAGUAUUAAAACGUGGCCUUUUAAAAGCAGCAAAAACUGCUGGUGCAUGGAUAUUUACAUCAGGUAUUAAUACAGGUGUUGUUAAACAUGUUGGUGAUGCACUUUUUGUGAGAUCAAGAAUUCGAUCCAAUAUUGUUGUCGUUGGUAUUGCACCAUGGGGUGUUAUUCAAGGACGUGAACAACUAAAAGGACAAAAUCAAACAGUUUCUUAUCAUUCAGCAGCAGUUGUUACAGAAGAUAAUUGUGCAACGUUAAAUAGUUCACAUAGCUGUUUUUUACUUGUUGAUAAUGGAACAGUAGGAAAAUAUGGUGGAGAAGUUAUACUUCGAAAACGUUUUGAAAAAUAUCUUUCACAACAAAAAAUCUCAUUUCAUGGUCAUGUUGGAAAACAAAAUGUUCCUGUGGUAUGUGUUAUCGUUGAAGGUGGAACAAAUACAAUUCGUACUGUACUUGAAUAUGUUACUGAAGAGCCACCAGUUUCUGUUGUAGUUAUUGAUGGAAGUGGUCGUGCUGCUGAUCUUAUUGCAUUUACAUAUAAACAUACACAAAAUGACGGAACAAUGGCAGCUGAUUUACAAGAACAAUUAUUAAAUGCUAUUGAAAAAGCAUUUAAUUAUAAUCGACGACAAGCGGAAAAGGUUUAUGUUGAAUUAAUUUUAUGUAUGAGAAAAAGACAAUAUAUAACAAUCUAUAGAAUGGAUGAUGAUGGUUCGAGAGAACAAGAAGAUGUUGAUCAAGCUAUUUUACGAACUCUUCUUCGAAAUCAUAAAGCAAGUGCACUUGAACAAUUUCGUUUAACACUUUCAUGGAAUCGACCUGAUAUAGCUCAAACAUGUUUACUUACAAAACGUUUGGAAUUAACUCAAGCUCAAUUAGAUGUAUGCAUGUUUGAAGCACUUGUUGAUAAUCAUGUUGAAUAUAUUAAAUUACUUAUUGAAAAUGGUGUAUCAAUUAAGACUUUUCUUACAUUUAAUCGUUUACAAGCACUAUAUAAUGCAUGUGGAUCAAAUUCAACAUUACAUUUAAUUGCUAAAGAUGUUAUUCGUAGUGCAGGUCAUCAUGUACAAACAAAAGUUUAUUCAUUAUAUGAAAUAGGUCUUAUUGUUGAAAAACUUAUUGGACAAGGUUAUCGUUCAUCAUAUACACGUCGUAUUAUACGUCAUUUAUGCAUACGACAACCAUUUAGUCAAAGACAAAAUUUUAAUGUUUAUACUGAUGCUGAACAAAAAGAACAAUAUUCACAAAUGAAUAAUACUGUAUUAAAUGAUGAUAUGAAAAAGAAUUCAAUGUGUGAAGAUCCAACAUUUGAUUUUCCUUAUAAUGAAUUACUUAUAUUUGCUGUUUUAACAAAACGACAUGAAAUGGCAUUAUUUUUUUGGGCACAUGGUGAAGAAGCAUUAGCUAAAGCACUUAUUGCAUGUCGAUUAAAUAAAAGUUUAGCAAGAGAAGCACAAGAUGAUGAACUUGAUACUGAAAUUGCUGAUGAAUUUUUGUCGAAUGCUGAAGAUUUUCAACAAAGAGCACUUGCACUUCUUGAUCAAUGUUAUCAAGAAGAUGAUGUCAAUGCUACUCAAAUUCUUACAUGUGAACUUGAAAAUUGGUCUAACUGGACAUGUCUUGAUUUAUCUGUAACAGCUUAUCUUCGAGAUUUUGUUGCACAUAAAUGUUGUCAACAAUUAUUAUCUGAUUUAUGGAUUGGUGGAAUGAAUGUUCGAAAAUAUCUUAAAUGGAUGGUAUUAAUUGCACUUUUUUUUCCACCAGCACUUUUCUUUAUUGAUUUUAAAUCAUCAAAAGAAUUACAAUUGAUGCCUCAAACAGAAGAAGAAUAUUUUCAAAAUGAAGAAGAUCUUAUUGAUAGUGAUAAUAAUGAUGAUGAUUCAACUGACAAUAGUUCUGAAGAUGCACGAUCAUCAUCAUCAGAUGAAUCACAUGAACCAGUACUUUCUGUUACAGAUCGUGAUGAUGAACAAACAAAUGAUGAAAUACCAAAUGAAACAAAUACAUUACGAAAACGUCGAAAGAAAAGUCGAAAGAAAAAACGAAAGAAACAAAAUAGUAGUACAAUACAUCCAGAGGAUCAACCAUCAUCACCAGGAAAUAAUCAUAAUAAUCGAUCAGAUGAAAUAAAUUUAUUUACAUUAACUGAUUUAACACCUAAUCAUAAUCCACCAUUAACAAUAAUACCAACAACAACAAUAUUAAUAAAUGAACCAAAUGAAAUAAAUGAUUCAAAUGAUGUUCCAAAUCAACGACGAACAUUUCGAAAUCGUUUAGCAGAUUUUCAAGAAACAAUUCAUCAUUCAACUAUAUAUCACUUUAUAUGUAUAUUAUUACGUCAAACAAGAAAAUUUCUUCGACGUUAUCGAUGCUGGAAAAGACCAGAUCGGGACAUUCAUUCAAAUGAUAGUGGAGAUCAAAUACCAUUAACGAAAAAAGUUUAUGAAUUUUAUAAUGCACCAGUGACAAAAUUUUUUCAAGAUUUAAUUUUCUUUGUCGCUUUUUUGUCCAUUUUCACUUAUGUUAUACUUAUUCGUACAUCAGCAAAACCUUCUGUAUGCGAAUGGAUAGUAAUGUCUUAUUUAACAACAGUUGCUAUUGAUUUAAUAAGAGAAUUAUUAAUAAUGAGUGGAACGAGAUGGAAAACUUGGUUAUCAGUUUAUUUUAAUGAUGUUUUGCAUUUAUAUGAUACAUUUUCUUGUUUGAUGUUUGCUGUGGCUUUUGGUUUGAGAUUAACAAAUGACUUUCGGAUUGUUGGAAGACUGUUAUUAUGUAUUAAUUUAAGUUUCUGGUAUCUUCGAAUGUUUCAUUUUUUGGUUGUAUCGAAAGAAGUAGGACCAUAUAUUCACAUAGCAGCAAGAAAUAUUGUUGAUUUGUUUCGUUUAAUUGUUAUUGUAUUAAUUGUUCUAAUGAGUUUUGGUGUAUCAAGACAAGCAAUUAAAUAUCCUGAUCAGGACUGGAGUUGGCAUUCUGUUAAAGAAAUAUUUCUUGAACCUUAUUUUAUGAUAUAUGGUGAAGUAUAUGCUGAAAAAAUUGAUCCACCGUGUAAUGUAACCGACGAUCCAACUAAUCCAUCAUGUCAAUUUGGUCAUUUUAUAACUCCAAUAACCAUGACAGCGUUUCUUCUUGUUUGUAAUGUACUUUUACUUUCAAUGUUGAUGGCUCAAUUUACAUCAACAUUUAUGAGAUUAAGUCGAUUAUCAGAUCAGGUAUGGAAAUUUCAACGAUAUCAUACAAUUCUUCAAUAUGAACAAAAACCAUUAUUAGCACCACCAUUAAUAAUAUUUUCUCAUAUAUUUCUUUUAAUAAAAACAAUUUAUCGUAUAUGUCGUCAUCGUAAACGUAUAUUUAAUCGUGGUUUAAAAUUAUUUUUAAGUGCUAAAGAAAUUGAAAAAUUACGUGAUUUCGAAGAAGAAUGUGUACAUGAAUAUCUUUUAGCUAAAGAAGAUAAAGAAAAAAGUACAGUUGAAGAACGUAUGUUAACAACAUCAGAAAGAGUUUCACAUAUGUUAACACGUGUUGAAACAUUAAAACGAAAUAGUACUCAACAAACAAGUUGUUUUCAAAGGUUUGAUGAACGUUUACAACGUCUUGAAGAUAUGCAAUCAUCAACAUUACAAUUACUUAAUGUUCUUAUACAAAAAAUGCCAACAUCAUCAAAUGAUCAAGCAGCAUUAAUUGAAAGUGCUUCAACAAAAUCAUCGGAUAAGAAAAUAAAAGAAAAUGAUGAUGAUGAUGAUGAUGAAGAAAUAUUAAAUUUUACAGCUGUAUCAUCGCCCGAUGAUGUUAAAUUACCUAUAUCAUCUUUAUUAUCAUCGGGUGCAAAUCGAGCUAUGCGUUCGUCAAGUUUUUCAAGUCGAAAAGCAACAAAUCCUCUUCCGACACCAAAUUCAGCUCCACCACAAAUUAUUGUUGGAUCAUAUUCAGAAUUUUUAUCAAUUAAAAGUUCAGGUGUAUCAGCAUUACCACCUAAUGAUGAACGUUUAGGUAUUGGAACAACAACACUUAGUACAUCAUCAUCAUCAUCAGUAAAUAUUAUUGAUGAUGCAAGUUAUCCAGGUUUAUAUGAAGCUGAAGAAACAGAACAUAAUAUAUAUGGAAAAUUAAUUAAAGAACGUUUUCGUAAAUUAUCUGAAGUUGUUGAAGAUAUUGAAAGAACAUUACCAAGACAUCAACAGCGUCAAGAUGACAAACGUGAUAAAUGUGAUAUAACUGAUGAUGAUGAAACAUUAUCAACUAUGGAUUGGGUUGAUACAACUGGACGUGUUGCAUAUAAUAGUACACAUGUAUCACGAUUUGAUGUUAAUCAAGAUGAAAAUGGACAUACUUUUACUGCAACAAGUAAGAAGAUUUCAUAA